AUUAUGCUCCCUAACCAUAACACGUCUUACAAUAUUAACACCAUUACCCGGUGACUUAACAUCAUUAUCGCUGGCGGUUAAAAUGCAAAGUUCCAAACGUACAUUACGUUCACAUGAAAUACCAAUAAAUGGCGCCAGUCUAUUGCAAUUAGGCACGACAUCAAAUACAACAACAUCACUUAGUGGAACGACUGGUAGUGGUGGUGUUGGUAGCGCUACCGGCAAUUUAGGCGUCGGCAGUGGUUUAACCAUCAUGCAACAAGGCAAUUCCCCAAAUGUUAAUGAUAGAAUGAUGAAUUCCAGUGCACAAUCGAGUUGUGGAGUAAUUGGCAGCGGUGGUGGUGUUAAUGCCCAGUUAACCCAAUCAAUGUUGGGUACACCCGGUAAUAUUGGUAAUUCUGGUAUUGGUACUACGGGUAUGAUGAUGUCAGGUGGUGGCGUGCCAUUGGCUGAAACGGAGUUGGAUUUAAAUUUUAGUUUACAGUAUCCGCAUUUUAUUAAACGUGAUGGUAAUAGUACACGUUAUGGUUACAAUUUGCCUUUCUUCUCCUUUCAUCAACAUCAUUAUCCCCACAGACUGGUCAUCUUGUUGCAAAGACGCAAAAAAUACAAAUCACGCACCAUAUUGGGUUAUAAAACUUUAGCUGAAGGCUUUAUACGCAUGGAUGCGGUAUUACAGAAAUCAAUGGAUAUGACAGUAGAAUUGACAGCAUCCGGUAAAAAUGGUCGUCCUGGUACAACUGUUGCUUGUCUACGUGCCGAACGUGUCUCAUCCAUACCAGUUGAUCAUGACAAUAAAAAUAACAAUAGUGUGCUACUGGCAGAUCGUGUUGCUGAAUAUUCAGACGAAGACGAGGAGGCUGAAUUCAGUUCUGGCGAGUUUAACGACGAAACCAAUGAUCUUGGCAUACCCGGCUACGAUCCAAAACGCGAUUAUAAUCCUUCCAAGCAUGAUAUGCGCAAAUAUCGUAAAUUACAACGUUCAGAAGUUGAAGACGUUGUGGCAUUAGGUGCUAAUAAUCCCGUUGACAGUGAUAGUGAAUUCGAAAUGAAGGAUAAAAGUUCAUCACGUGCUAAAAUCAGCAGGACCAUUUCCCUGCAACAGCGUAAUUUUAAGCAGAAAAUAUUUGCACUUUUAAAACGUUUCAAAGCCUCCGAAGAAUUGGAAGGUGAAGUAAAUCGCGGUACAGCCGCAUUACGUGGCGAACGUGAUUUGGAUGCAUUAUUUCAAGAGCUUGAAUCGUUAUCGUGUUGUGAGGGUGAUGAUUCCGGUCCUGACAUUGACAGUUUGUCAAUUGGUUCAACACCUAAACCCUCUCUGAGGCCAUUUUUUACAAAUUCUCGCAUCAUGUUACAUGACAUUGGUGCCAGUGGUGGCAACAUUGAGCGCGGAUCAUCGGAUAAAAGCGACCAAUUGACCAAUUCUUCGUUUCAAAUUGAUAAUAACAAACAAAAAUGCAUUCAUUUAACAAACAAUAACAAUUCGGCUACAACACCAGAUCGUAUUUGUGAUAAUCGUAAUGAUAGUUCCGGUAAUGAAGGCAAUGCUGCCUAUACAGAUGGUCAAACAUCUGAUCCCCAGAAUAGUCCACCACGCGGUGAUCAGAAUUUUAUACGUCUACAGCAUCAAUUGACACCUGUUAGUACCAGUAAUAAUUUGCAGACAGCAACUGGACAAAAUGCCAAUAAUGCAACGUCUGUUAGUAACACUAACACCACUACCCCAGCAUCGAAUGAAAAGAGAUCUCGUUUAUUUAGAACCUCGAGCAGUACACCGGGUGGUGGUGGUAAAAAGAAACAGUCACUUAGUUUAAGUGCCGAACCACGCUCAGUAUUAGAGACAUGUUUGUCACCCACCAAUGUGGAACCACGUAAAAUGCUGCUGGAUCAGUUAAGUCGCAUAUUUGCCAGUGAGGAUUCAGUUAUACCCGAUGUGGUAACAAUAAUAAGUCCACCGGAAGCUUUAAGCGGUAGUAGUUUAGUACCAAAAUUAACAGCACUAUUUGCGAAUUCAUUUAAGCCGGCAUUUGUGCCCCAAAAUACAGCUGAAGUUAAGGCUGUGCUACAAGCUCUAAUGGGCAAGAUACAGAAAUAUUGCAACUCGAAUGCCAAACCACCCACCACAGUGAAAAUCCUACUAAUUGGCGGCGAUUGGUUACAAGGUGCUGCUUUAAGACACUACGUCGAGCUAAUGGGUGUACGACCACCAGAUUGGUUAAAUCAUUUACGUUUCUAUAUUAUACCCAUUGGUAGUAGUGCUAUUGCAAGAUAUCUAAGUCAGAUGGAUCAGGCCUAUGCCGCCAUGUUUGGUUCAGAAAAUUGGUAUCAACUGUGCGAGAGAGCUGCCCAAACAGCGGCUGCUGUUAGUGCUGUGACGGCGGUUAAUGCUACAGCGUUAUCGUCUUCCCUGGCUGAUUCGGCCACGGCCAAUAAAUCUGAUAUUGUAGAAUUAGUUAAUCGUAUACAACGAUAUUUGCAUGCGGCUGGACCCUGCACUCAAGUACCCAUAGCUGAAGCCAUGGUUAACUACAAAGAAGAGGAUUCAUGUCAAAUAUUUGUGCCAUUUGUUAGUGAUGUACGUAUUGGUUAUUUGGAAGGUCCACAGGCAUCAAUAGAUCUUGAUGAAAGCAGUGCUCAAAACGCGACCCUAACAACUUCCCAACAAACAUCAAAUACCAGCGUAGCCAUACCCAUUGGCAAUUCGAAUUCUCAAACUCCUUUAAAUGCAAUUACCCAGAAUUUAUCAUCCAGUUUACAGGGAGUUUCAAAUAGUGCCAGUGGUCCUGUGUUAUCCGGCUCACCACCACAAAGUGGCCGAAUAUCACCACCUUUGCAAACACCACCCUCCUCAGCAUCCUCUCAACGUGAAGUUGGUUUCGGUGCUACACCCCAGCAAGUGGGCAGUGAGUCGGUAGAGUUACAGGUGGAUUACUGGCCAAUAAUACGACCGGGUGAGCAUACAUCCUCAAAGGAUAAGAGCAAUACUCGCAGUAGUGAUCAAGGUGGUAAAAAUAGUAUUAAGAGUACGUUUAGAAGUCUGCAAGUCUGGCGUUUGCCACAAAAUGCUCAAUUGGGUGAAAUGUCAAAUGGUCUAACCUUGUCAUUUGCUACCAAAGAAAAGAAACAAAAGCAAAUAAUGCGUUUGGGUAAGAAAAAGGAAAAAGAUCGUGAUCUCGAAAAGGAGCAAUGUGUUGAGGGUGUAGCACGUUUAAUAUGCUCACCCAAGCAAUCGCAUCCCAUACCAUUAAGAGUUUAUAUUGAUGGUACCGAAUGGACUGGCGUUAAAUUCUUCCAAUUAUCAUCGCAAUGGCAAACGCAUGUUAAAAAUUUCCCAAUUGCUCUAAUUGGUUGUACUCCAUGUCAUGUUCUGAAUUAUCCUAGUCAUUUUGUUAAGAAAAUAUCCUAGAUAUAUCUACAAUAUAAAUACAUACAUAUAUAAAAUAUACAUACAUACACAUACAUUACUAAUACAUUUAACCGUUCUUUUUUAUGUAAAAAUAAUAAUGUUAAAAUGACGGUUAAAGAAAACUACUCCUUAUUAAAACAUUUAAAAUUUUUAAUUAUGAUUUUCUAUUUUAGAAAUUGUAUUUUUUUAAUUUUAAAAUUUUUAUUAUUAUUUUUUAAAUUUUAUUAUUUUUUUUACUCCACAUAUAUAUAUAUGAAAUAUAUUAGUAAAUAAUUGUAUAAAAAUUAUUCAUAAUACAUAAUUAUUAAUUAUAUAUAUAAAAAAUAACAACAUAAAUAUUAUACAUAUGAAACACAAAAAGCCUGAUUUGAAUUGAGCAAAAUGAAAAGAACAGAAAUAAAUAAAUCGAGAAAAAAAGGCAUAGAUUCAUUUAUAAAAACAAAUAAAACAUGAAAUAAAUAACAAAAAGAAUAAAUGAUUUAAACGAAUUUGUUGUAUGUAUACAUCAUGUUAGUGUUCACAGUUUUUUUUUUUAAUUAUUAUUUAUUUUCAUUUGUUUAGUGUACUUUAAGAAAAUGAGCUUCAAAGUUAAUGAAAAUAAAUUUUAAAUUUAUUUUUUUAAUUUAAGAGCCUGUCUACCAAGCAAAAAUUUGUGUUUUAUAAAUAUAAGGACUGAAUGAAAAUAAAUCUAAACACUUAAACAACUAAA